UAUAAAUCAUGUUGUUACAGUGACGUACUUUAUUUUGUUACUAGAAAAAGAGCUCUACAUAAUGGAAAUAAAAAUGAAAUUGAAGAUGUUGAUAUUUCUAUCAUUUGUGACAACAAUUUCAACCCAGCGGGAAGAGAAAUUUAAAGAUAGUAAUGAAAAGACCACAGUACUUGACCAAAAAACAAAGAAUACACGGGAAAAAAUGCAUGGAGAAGAACAUGAGUUUGAUAAAGGAGGAAAAGUGGGUAGAAAUGGAGAAAUCGAAGCACGUAUAUCAACAGGAGGCAUUAAAUCAAAAUAUCGACGCAGAAAAACUUCAGAUCUCCUGGCAAAGGGGAAGUUUCGAUCACGUGGUAUCAAAACAUACGGUGUAGUUUCAUCUGAAUAUGAACAUUUUCUAAUUGAAGAGAAGUUGGAUAAAUAUGGUCGAGCGAAACCUGUGAGAUCAAAAUUCAAAAAUCGUGGAAAACAAAAGAAAUAUUCUAAAAAGAUUGCUGACAAUCGAUUCAUUAUUCAAGGUGGUUUGAUUCAAGAGAAGAAGCACAAAAAAUAUGGUCUUUAUCACGCAAAUGGUAGCCAUGUGACUCUCAGUCUUCAACUUGAAAAUGAGAAGGAUAGUAACGUUAGAGCAGGACGAGGCGAGACCAGAAGUAACGAUAAGCAAGAGAAGAAUACAGAAUCAGUCAGAACCUCAGAUGAUAUGAGGAGGACACAUCAACUUUUAUGAAAAUAGAAAAUUUUAGUAUAUCAAAAAUAAUACAGUGUGUUUGACAUUGAAUUUAGCAGACCAUGAGUUAGCUGAUAUUUAAGCGAACUAAAAAAUAUAAUACGAAAAUAAACUUCCUUUUUAUUCCAUUUAUUACAAUUAAACUAACCACAUUUCCGAAAAACCGGCAGUGAGGAUACAAAUAUUAAUUGAACUGGAUGAGUUCAUUACAUACGAUCGUUCAUAAAGACUGAUAUGAGGAUAAAUAGUGGAAAAACAAAACAAAGUGGCGUCCAUCCAUGAACCAACUCAAUUUGAUGAGACAUUACUAACUAUU